CGCGCGUCUGCCAGCAAGUGGGCUCUUACGCUCGGCCUAGAGAUCGACUUCUUGCAUGGCACUGUCCAAGGAAAAAGGCAGAAGAGGUGGAAGUUGAAGGCUGUUCUGGAUUGUCUGGCAGGUGCUCCGUAUGUGUCGGGUCAGGAGAUUGAGAGACUUCUGGGCCAUGCCACCUUCCACUUCGGUCCUAAUCGGCUGUUCUUGUCCAUCUUUAACAACGCCUAUGACUUCAUUCGUUCGAGUUACACUUCUCGAGUGCGUCUCUGGCCCUCGGUGGCAAGGGAGUGCUGGGCCGCUGGGUGUCUCAUCUCGUUCGCGUUCGCAGAUCUGGGAAGGGUCUUCGACCCGCUCGUGAGCUGUUUCGACGCUAGCAAGUGUGGGGCAGGGGUCGUCACGGCGCCUUGGGACUCGGCUCAGGUUCGUUCAGAAUGCGAGUGGGAGGAGAGGUGGCGGUUCAAGUGGGAUGUGUACGAUCGGGUUGCGCCCAGGGACAACAAUUUCUUAUCGCUGGACUGGGGGGGCAUCGAAAGCGUCAAGCCCUGUCGUGACAGGUCGUCGCUCUGGUCCCUGGACAAGUCGUUCAGAGAGGUCCCGAAGGAGAACCUAGUGGGCCCCACCUGGACCAAGGUCGUUCGGAGUUUUUGGAAGGACGAGGAGCCGAUAUUCUGUCUGGAGGCCCGCGCGGGCCUGCUGGCGGUGCGUCAUAAGUUACGGGCGGUCUCAAGUUUCGGUAAGACUCAUCUGCACCUCGGGGACUCCAUGACCGCCAUCCUGGCUUUCGAGAAGGGGGGGCCAAACAUCGAGGCGGUGGUGCUCACGCUGACGGCGGACCCUCUGGACACGGUGGUGGCCGAGAAUACACGUCGGCCAGCUCGACACCUGGUGCUCAAGCGACAGAGGGCUUUGGAGCGCGUCCGUGCCAUCGGGGGCGUGGUUCCAGCCCUGAGGGCUCGGAAGGGCGAUCGCACAGUGCUGGAGAACUCUCACCCGUCGGCUCCCGACAGGAGGACCUACUGUCGGCGGCUCGACACGUUUUGGGAGUUCGGUCGAAGCCAAGGUCUCUCCUUGGCCAACCUGAAAGCCUGCGACGACGCGCUGUGCGGCUUUGCCGACCUGCUGUUCCUGGACGGCGAACAGUUCGACGUGAGGACCAAGCUCCUGGUCGCGCUGGAGGACCACGACGUGCAGCGGUUCGGCAAGCCCAGCCUUCCUCGGUUUCGGCGGGUUCUUCGAGCUUCGCAUCGGAAGGGGCCUGUGGGCAGCAGGGGCCCUCUACCGUUCCGCCUUCUGGCGGGCAUCCUGGGCAUCCUGUCGCUCCAUGGCUUCCACGAGGAGGUGCUGGCGCUGGCCCUCAUGUUCAUCUGCUACCUGCGCCUGUGCGAGCUCGUGAGGGUGGCCGAAGGCGACCCUCUCGAGCCCGUGGCCAACGCGGGCGUGGCCCUCGCGUGUUGGAGUCUACUCCUGCGGCCUUUCGGGAGGGAGGAGCCGACCAAGGUCGGCCAUCUCGACGACACGUUCCCGCUCGACAGCCCCGACUUCCCCAGCUUGGGGGCCCUCCUUGCUGGAUUGCGCGGAGGGGGCGCGGAGGUCUGGCUCUUCAGUUCCAGCCAGAUGCAGCUGCUGCGCCGCUUUCAGGCGGCUUGCCGCGCAGCGGGCCUGGACUCGCUGAACAUCGAGAUGUUUCAGCUUCGCCACGGAGGGGCGUCGAGGGACUUCCUGAUGUAUACGAGGGAGUUCCAGGCGGUCGACCUGCGGGGGCGCUGGACGAACGAUCGCACUUUGCUUCGCUGCAUGAAGGCGGGCGGGGGGCAACUGCUUCACAAGGGUAUGGCGCCC